AUGCAUACAUUCUACAACCUUUGCCUAGUGGACUUCCCACUCAAUGAGGUUCGAUCUCUCGCCUACCUGAGACAGUCGCUCCAGACGACUCUCGUGGAACACGUCUUCCGCCGUUCUGCCUGCCAUCUGGACGCCGGGCAGCGCAUCUUCGCUCUGAAGGAACUUGUCUGCUACCUGGCAGUUGUUGAGCCGAGAUCAGUCUUGGAGUGUUUGAAUCUGCAGGAACUGGGCUCGGUGUCUUAG